CUCUUCUCUCACAUCCAGCCGUCCCCUCGCCUAUUGGGUCCACCGAGCCUUCUUGACUCGACUGACGACGGCCGUCGGGGCAUGUAGACCUCCGCGGCUCCUUCGGCCACAAACGCCCGCCUGUACCCGACAACCCUUACCAGGUGAAAGUGACGGACAUCGAGGGGUGGCAGGAGGAGGAGGAGGAGGAGGCUUGGAUGGAAGACGGCUAGAGCGAGGUGUCCCCACCACGGAGCGAUCGGUUGAUUUAUUUUUAUGUAUUCCACUGUUUUCUGUUUGGAAGCUUGUUCUUUACCAACACGACCUCCAGGACUAAGGUUGCCAUCGGCGGCUCCAGGCCGUCGACUUCGUCGUCUACCAUGGCGAGCGGUGACUCGCAUUUAUCUCUUUUUGUUCAAAACUCUUAAUUUGGAUGUUAAGUGUCACAGCCGUGCUGCUUUUUCUGGCGGUUUUUGUUUUGUUUUGUUUCAACGUCACCGUAAACAACUGACGGAGCUCCAGAAAGAGGUUGAAUAAGAGGGAGGAUUUUCGAGGUCGCCGUUUCUUGUUGUUCCCCGGGCGUUAUGGCUGGUGAGUGGGGCUGGGGACGCCGGCCCAGGCUCUCCAAGGCUCCCCCAUGCUAGCCGAGGCGGAUGGCACGGUCCCCCAUGGCAGCGAAAGCUCUAUGAGGACAAGCGAUAGCGAGCCUCCUCCGCCCAAAGCCGCCGCCGACUCCUCGAUCCUCAUCUCCAAGAUGCAAGACGUCGUCAUUCCCUUCUCGUCCGACGUGCCCUGUGACAAUAAUGGGCAGCGCAUGUGGUGGGCAUUCCUCGCCUCCUCCAUGGUGACCUUCUUCGGGGGGCUCUUCAUCAUCUUGCUGUGGAGGACCCUCAAGUACCUGUGGACCGUGUGCUGCCACUGCAACGUUAAAAGCAAGGAAGCUCAGAAAGUCAACAACCCUGCCAACAACCAGGCACCAGACAGGGCACUAAAGGGUCCUGAUGAGAAGACAGAGGAGGUCCCGGCCAGUGAGGUGGGAUGGAUGACUUCGGUCAAAGACUGGGCUGGCGUCAUGAUCUCUGCCCAGACCCUGACUGGCAGAGUUCUGGUGGUCUUAGUAUUUGCACUCAGCAUUGGGGCCCUUGGAAUAUACUUUAUAGACUCCUCAGACCCUAUAGAAUCCUGCCAGAAUUUCUACCAAGACUUCACGUUACAGAUCGAUAUGGCCUUCAAUGUGUUCUUCCUCCUUUAUUUCGGUCUGCGGUUUAUAGCGGCCAACGACAAGCUGUGGUUCUGGCUUGAGGUCAACUCUGUGGUCGACUUCUUCACUGUUCCUCCUGUCUUUGUCUCAGUCUACCUGAACAGAAGCUGGCUUGGCUUAAGAUUCCUGAGAGCACUGAGAUUGAUACAGUUCUCAGAAAUCUUACAGUUUUUGAAUAUCUUAAAAACAAGCAAUUCCAUUAAGCUGGUGAACCUGUGUUCCAUCUUCAUAAGCACAUGGCUCACUGCUGCGGGAUUCAUACAUUUGGUGGAAAACUCAGGGGAUCCUUGGGAAAACUUCCAAAACUCACAGACGCUCUCCUAUUGGGAAUGCGUCUACUUACUGAUGGUGACCAUGUCCACAGUGGGCUAUGGGGAUGUCUAUGCAAAAACCACCUUGGGGCGCCUGUUCAUGGUCUUCUUCAUCCUUGGUGGUUUGGCCAUGUUUGCCAGCUACGUCCCUGAAAUCAUAGAGUUAAUAGGAAACCGCAAGAAAUAUGGUGGUUCCUAUAGUGCGGUUAAUGGGAGAAAGCAUAUUGUCGUCUGUGGUCACAUUACCCUCGAAAGUGUCUCCAACUUCCUCAAAGACUUCCUACACAAGGACAGGGAUGAUGUCAAUGUAGAAAUUGUUUUUCUCCAUAAUAUUUCCCCUAAUCUUGAGCUGGAAGCCUUGUUCAAACGCCAUUUUACACAAGUAGAGUUCUACCAGGGAUCUGUGCUCAACCCGCAUGACCUGGCUCGAGUCAAGAUCGAGUCAGCAGAUGCCUGUCUCAUCUUGGCCAAUAAAUACUGUGCAGAUCCUGAUGCUGAAGAUGCCUCCAACAUCAUGAGGGUUAUCUCUAUCAAGAAUUACCAUCCUAAAAUCAGAAUAAUUACACAGAUGCUUCAGUAUCAUAAUAAGGCCCAUCUGCUGAACAUUCCGAGCUGGAACUGGAAAGAGGGCGAUGAUGCCAUCUGCCUUGCCGAGCUGAAAGCGGGCUUCAUCGCCCAGAGCUGCCUGGCCCAAGGCCUGUCCACCAUGCUGGCCAACCUCUUCUCCAUGAGGUCCUUCAUCGAGAUCGAGGAGGACACCUGGCAGAAAUAUUAUCUCGAGGGAGUGGCUAAUGAGAUGUACACUGAAUAUUUGUCCAGUGCCUUUGUGGGCCUCUCCUUUCCCACUGUGUGCGAGCUCUGUUACGUGAAGCUGAAACUGUUGCUUAUUGCCAUCGAGUACAAGUCCGAGCAGAGAGAAAGCAGAAGCCGAAAGCGCAUCCUCAUCAACCCGGGCAACCAUGUCAAGAUGCAGGAAGGAACGCUGGGAUUUUUUAUCGCCAGCGAUGCAAAGGAAGUGAAGAGAGCUUUUUUCUACUGCAAAGCUUGUCAUGAUGACAUCUCUGACCCCAAGCGGAUCAAGAAGUGUGGCUGCAAACGACCCAAGAUGUCCGUCUACAAGCGAAUGAAACUGGCAUGUUGUUUUGAUUGCGGCCGUUCAGAGCGAGACUGCUCUUGCAUGUCAGGCAGUGUACAUAGUAACAUGGACACCCUUCAGAGGGCCUACCCACUUUCCUCUGUCUCUGUUCAUGAUUGCGCAACCACGUUACGUGCCUCCAAAUAUAAGUAUAAUGGAUAUGUCAGAUCACCAGCAGAUGGCGCUACAACACCAGGGAACAGUGGAAGCCAAAAAGAGACUGGCGUACGAUUCAAAGCUGAUUGCAAUUUAGUAACGGAUGACUUUAGACCGUCUUUUCAAAACCGAUCCGUUAAAACCAGCGGCUGCCCUUCCACCACCAUCACCUCAAACGCUUUCUCGUCCAACACCCUGCAAAGCAACCAGGACGCCUUGGUUAAGCCAGGCGCCAUCAACAUCCCCCUUGUUAAUAACCGUAAAGGAAGCCUGCUUCCCACUGGGCCGACACCUGCGGCCCGCCAUUCCAAACUGCGCCUCAGUAUCUCGGUGCCAGAAGACGCCAGAUCCUUGGCGGAGAGCCGGCUGAACCGGGCCCGCAGUCUGCCGGUGAAAUACCGCUACCACCCCAGUAAUGCCAUGCUGCACAGUCACAGUAGCCACUUCGAAGACGAGCAUCCGUCAACGCUCUCACCCAAAAAAAAGCAGCGGAAUGGAGGGAUGCGGAACUCGCCCAACUGCUCUCCCAAAAUGAUGAGUAGACACGACCCUCUUCUAAUACCUGGUAAUGAACAAAUUGAAAACAUGGACAUGAAUGUGAAGAGGUAUGACUCCACCGGAAUGUUUCACUGGUGCCCCUCAAAAGACAUCGAAAAAGUCAUUCUGACCCGGAGUGAAGCCUCCAUGACCGUGCUCAGCGGCCAUGUGGUGGUCUGUAUAUUUGGGGAUGUCACGUCCGCUUUAGUGGGGCUGCGAAACUUGGUGAUGCCUUUAAGAGCCAGCAACUUCCAUUUUCAUGAACUCAAGCCCAUCGUUUUUGUGGGCUCGCUAGACUAUUUGCGACGAGAGUGGGAGACGCUACACAACUUCCCCAAGGUCUCCAUUUUACCUGGUACGCCAUUAAGUCGUGCAGAUUUAAGGGCUGUCAACAUCAACCUCUGCGACAUGUGCGUAAUACUGUCAGCCAAUCAGAACAAUAUCGAAGAUGCCUCCCUGCAGGAUAAAGAAUGCAUUUUGGCUUCGCUCAACAUCAAAUCUAUGCAGUUUGAUGACAGCAUUGGGGUGUUGCAGGCUAAUUCCCAAGGUUUCACGCCUCCUGGAAUGGACAGGUCAUCUCCAGACAGCAGUCCAGUACAUGGCUUUGUGCGUCAGGCUUCCGUCACCACCGGAUCUAACAUCCCCAUUAUCACAGAAUUAGAUAAGCCGGGCAAACCGCUGCCAUCGCUUUCACUCAGUCAGGAAAAAAAAAGUGGGACCAACAUACAAAUGAUAACAGAGCUGGUCAACGACUCUAACGUUCAGUUCUUGGACCAAGAUGACGACGAUGACCCCGACACUGAGCUGUACCUCACGCAGCCCUUUGCCUGUGGAACUGCCUUCGCCGUCAGCGUUCUCGACUCCCUGAUGAGUGCCACGUAUUUCAACGACAACAUCCUUACACUAAUCAGGACGCUGGUCACCGGAGGAGCCACUCCUGAGCUCGAAGCCCUGCUGGCCGAGGAGAACGCUCUGCGAGGAGGCUAUAGCACGCCGCAGACACUGGCCAAUAGAGACAGGUGUCGUGUCGCCCAACUCGCCCUCUACGAUGGGCCCUUCGCUGACUUGGGGGAUGGCGGCUGCUACGGAGAUUUGUUCUGCAAAGCACUGAAGACGUACAACAUGUUAUGUUUUGGAAUCUACAGAUUGAGAGACGCUCAUCUAAGUGCACCAAGCCAGUGUACAAAACGAUACGUGAUCACCAACCCGCCGUAUGAGUUUGAGCUGGUGCCUACCGACUUGAUCUUCUGCCUCAUGCAGUUUGACCACAAUGCGGGCCAGUCUCGUACCAGCUUGUCCCACUCGUCCCACUCCUCUCAUUCCUCCAGCAAGAAGAGCUCGUCCGUCCACUCCGUCCCGGCCUCCAACCGGCAGAACCGCAGCAGUAAAACCCGGGAAGCCCGAGACAAACAGAAUGCAACAAGGAUGAAUAGAAUGGGCCCAGAAAAGAAAUGGUUUACAGAUGAACCGGACAACGCCUACCCACGAAACAUUCAGAUCAAGCCCAUGAGCACUCACAUGGCCAACCAAGUCAACCAGUACAAAUCCACAAGUAGUCUAAUUCCACCCAUCCGAGAAGUCGAAGACGAAUGCUGAAGCGCUUCUAAGGUUUUCGCUGGCUCACUCUCGUCAUUUUGGUGGGGUUAUGAUGACAAAGACAAAAGGACACGAGAACUGGACAGGAACCCAAACUGGACCUGCUAUGUGUAUAACCUUUAAUGUUACUUCCAUGCUCUUUGGACAUUGUUUUAUUUAUUGAUGUAUCCAUAGAGAUGUACAUAAUGACAAUCAAAUAACACAUUGUACAGCCCCCUCCUCCCCCCUAGCACUUUUAUGGAAUUAUUAUUUGAAGACUCGUCGAGAGAGCGAGAAAGUACUUCCUGUGAUGCUUUGCAAUAGUUCACUCAAGCAACAUAAAGGGUGACUGCUAAUUGGAGGACGAGGCUCGCAUCAUUGCCCUAAAGAUCCCACCGGACACGACUCUUCCAGCCAGCUGGGCUCACGGUUCUCCAUCUUGUGUACUUCUGUUCUAUUUGCACUAAAAAAAGGGGGUCUUGAAGGAGAAGGGUUUGGGGGAAUCCUAUCAUGCAGAUCCAUUUCAUCUAAAAGAGCAAUCUCUCUCAAGGUCGGAAUGUCGAUAAGAAAGACGUUGUAUCCCAUCCGGAAUCCAACCACGUUUGAGCAAAAAAGCAGGAGCAGCUUUCGGGAUCACAGACAUUGAGCAAUGAAAUGCCACAUAUCGCGUAAAAGUGGGCGCCAACAGGGUCCUCCUCUGACCACAAGAGACCGCCUGGCACAGGGUUGGCAUGGUGGUGGUAGAAGAAAGUGCUUGGAUGUUUUCUGCCACCAAACCCAAAUGUCAAUCACCUCAAAUAUAAGAAGAAGAAACUCUCAGGAGUUAAGCUGCUUUGUUCUGCGCUGCUCAAAGACUCAAACGUGGUUGGCAAUGCGAAGGAUGCAAGUGUCAAAAAUAUAAGAUUUUGACAAGAAUCAAGCCAAAAAAAACCAACAACCUGAGAUGAGUACAUCAUAGUUAUGUUUCCCCUCUACAUCUAUGCUUUAUCAAAUAGUAUUUUUUUAAGUCAAGAACCGCCAUCUUCAGCCUGGCAGCUCGCCUCCGCGGAAGUCACCUGAAACCGAAGCUUAGCUGGACGAAUAAGCUUAAUUGAAAAAAAAAAAAAGAAAAAAAAAAAGGCAUCCUUAACGAUGAACCCGCGGACUGAACGAAUGGUUUAAAGAGUUCUAUAUAGAGAAAAACAUAUAUCUAGAAAAGUUGUAAUAAUAUCAAUAAUAGAUGAUAAAGCCGCUUCCUUCGACUGAAUGACCUUAUUGUGUGUUUGACCUAAAUUAGGUCCCAAGUGUGAAGACGAGUGAGAGCGAGCGCACACAAUUGCAGUGUGACCAUGUUGGUUGUUUUUCAGUUCUGUUUUGUUUUUUCCACAAAAUAUGUUUUUAAACCAAGAGAGAACUUCUUGCCGCCACGUCUCUCGUCUGUAGGCUGUAAAAGAAGUCAUAUGUGGAAAAGAACAUGAUAUCGUGCUGUCGGUGUUUGUGUAAACUCAACCCCAUUUACUUCUACACUAUAGAUGCGCGUUCCUUUAAUCAGAGCUAAAAAGCACGCCGGAGAAGCUUUAAUGUCCGUCUAAUGGGUGUGGUGCAACUAUACUGAAGCCUCAUGCACAUUGUCCUCAAGUGAACUUUGAACUGUGAUAACGUGGUCGUCACACUUGUAGCAAAUAGAUUUCACCAAGAACACACAUACACACACAAAAAGAAAGAAAUACAAACGACAACCCGUGAAUACAAUUAUUGCAAAUUGGAUUAAUAUUAUAUCAUAGCAGCGACAUCAAAUCGUGAUUAUAGAUAAAGAUGGGAAGGUAGCACCAACUGAGAGAACAUCCUUAAUUUUCCUGCAUUUUUAUGACCCUGUGUUCAUACGGCGUUGACAUUCCAUUUUUGCUGUCUCUUUUGUUUACAGAUGAUAUUUCCGAGGUCCUUAAACAGAAUCCCAAAAUCAGGCUCCAUGUUGCGAAAUGGCUUCACAAAACUACACCGAUUAAUGCAAUAUUUGUCGGAAUUUUUUAUUUUUUUGGGGGUCAGGAUUUAUUUUUCUCCGUCUCUGUGUCACGCAUUUCUCGUCUGUGUUUUGCAUUGUAUACCUCGACAAAAUUUGUUUUUGUAUGUUUUUGAAGUGCCAUGAGGAGUUGUAGUUGGGCAUCCUUCAGUCAUUCAGGGACACAAUUUGUUUUAUAGUGAUACAGUAUAUAUUCAAUUUCGUUCAGAAUUUCCACUGUGAUGUCAUCAUUUUGCACCGGCUUGGAGAACAUCCAAGCAUUCAGCGCCUCCCCGCCGGUGCAGUGCCAGGUGGUGCUUGAAGGUCAAGAGGAGGGCCCGCGUGAAGCCCCACUAUUCGCGACAAGUGGCAUUUGGGCGGAGAUAUUAGUUGCAAUACGGAUGACUGAACGAUGCUCACGUUGUCCACUUAACCAAUCAUCUAUGACGCAUCAUAUCUGACUGUAUGCUGCAUUUAAUGCGUUGACCUAUUUUUGCUGUAAAGGGAUGGAUAGAAUAAUUUAUUUGCUGAGAGUUGUACAAGAUAUCCUGUUGUAAUAUCUCAUACAGAGACUAGAGUUGGGUCUCAAGUCUUAAAUAAUGCAUUAAAAAUGGCAUUUUUGGGGGUGUUAUUUUCAUCAGUCAAAGGCAUUUCGUCGUUGUCGUCGUCCGCUGCAGCAAAUCGGGAGUUUGACAUAGUAGUCUAUUUGUUUUUGGAUGAGUUCUAGACAUGAUGGAUUAUUUUGAUGGUGCUGAGUUGAUCUACCUGACUCUGUCAAAUAUAAUCUGCUGAUAAAUAUACUGUCUUGUACAAAAUGUUUGUACAUAGAUUGUACAUGGUUUCUUUUUGUAUUUUUCUCAAAAUUAAAAUGGAUGUAUUUGUGUUCUAAACCAGAACUUUGGUGUU